GGACUGAAAGUGUGGAAUGCAAGAGAAAAAUAAAGCAUAUAUGGCUUCGAAACCAGGAAUCCUCACUGAGUGGCCAUGGAGGUCUCUUGGCAGCUUCAAGUACUUGAUUCUGGGUCCAUGGAUAGCUCAAAGCAUAUACUCAUUCACAGUAAAAGAGGAAAAAGAGAGAGACCUUUUCAACUUUAUUAUAUUCCCAGUUUUAAUUUUGAGGUUUUUGCAUAAUCAGAUUUGGAUUUCUUUUUCUCGUUAUUUAACUGCCAAAGGCAGGAAAAGGAUUGUUGAUAAAGACAUAGAAUUUGAGCAACUCGAAAGAGAAAGCAACUGGGACGAUCAGAUCAUACUCCAAGGAAUACUAUCUUACAUUCUGAACAAGGCAAUUACAGGGGCUUCUAAAUUUCCAUUGUGGAGAACAGAUAGUGUAGUUAUAAUAAUUUUGCUUCAUGCUGGCCCUGUAGAAUUCCUUUACUACUGGUUACACAGAGCAUUGCAUCAUCACUUCCUCUAUUCUCGCUAUCACUCUCAUCACCAUUCUUCUAUUGUCACUCAACCCAUUACUUCUGUAAUUCAUCCAUUCGCUGAAGUCAUGGCAUAUUUCAUGUUAUUUUUAAUACCGAUAUCAGGUCUGAUAAUCAUUGGAAGAGCCUCUUUGGUAGCAUUUAUUGGUUAUAUAUUUUACAUUGAUUUUAUGAACAACAUGGGGCAUUGCAACUUUGAGAUUUUUCCUAAAUGGUUCUUCUCCGUCUUUCCUCCUCUUAAAUAUCUUAUCUACACACCCUCUUUUCACUCUUUGCAUCACACGAAAUUCAGGACUAAUUACUCCCUUUUCAUGCCGUUUUACGACUACAUCUACAGUACUAUGGACAAUUCUUCUGAUGCUGUACUAUAGGAAAAUUUAGACUUUUCCUUUUGUAUUGACAAUCUUGGUAUUAAAUAUGUGAAAGUUUCUAUGAAAUAUAAUAUAAUAAGUGCGUGGAUGCAUGUACUAGCUAGGUACAUGGGUAGCCAUUUAUUACCUUUAAAUUUUAAUUAUGUAUCAAAUUUUACGUUCUGAGUGUAUGGAGUACCUUUAAAAUUUGAUAUGAAGUUUUUUA